AUGGAUGAAGAGUACGAUGUAAUUGUGUUGGGCACAGGUCUCAAGGAAUGCAUCCUCAGUGGCCUUCUCUCAGUUGAUGGCCUCAAGGUGUUGCACAUGGAUAGAAAUGACUACUAUGGAGGAGCUUCCACAUCUCUCAAUCUUACACAGCUAUGGAAGCGAUUUAGGGAAGAUGACAAGCCACCAGAGGCGUUGGGGGCUAGCAGAGAAUACAAUGUUGAUAUGAUACCUAAGUUUAUGAUGGCCAAUGGAGCCUUGGUCCGUGUUCUCAUUCACACUGAUGUUACAAAGUAUUUGAACUUCAAAGCUGUAGAUGGAAGCUUUGUGUAUAAUAAGGGAAAGAUAUACAAAGUCCCUGCAACAGAUGUUGAAGCACUUAAAUCACCUUUAAUGGGACUGUUUGAGAAGCGCCGUGCUCGGAAGUUCUUCAUUUAUGUCCAAGAUUAUGAAAUAAAUGAUCCCAAAUCUCACGAAGGACUGGAUUUGAAUCAAGUUACAGCAAGGCAGCUUAUAUCGAAAUAUGGAUUGGAAGAUGAUACUAUUGACUUUAUUGGUCAUGCCUUGGCACUUCAUCGUGAUGAUAGUUACUUGGAUGAGCCAGCCAAGGAUUUUGUAGAGAGAGUUAAGAUUUAUGCAGAGUCCCUAGCUCGCUUUCAAGGAGGUUCACCUUACAUAUAUCCACUAUAUGGACUGGGAGAGUUGCCUCAGGCAUUUGCACGUCUAAGUGCUGUGUACGGUGGAACGUACAUGCUGAACAAGCCAGAAUGCAAGGUAGAAUUUGACGAAAAUGGGAAAGCCAUCGGUGUGACAUCAGAAGGAGAAACAGCUAAAUGCAAGAAAGUUGUGUGUGAUCCAUCAUAUCUGCCUGAUAAGGUUCAGAAGGUUGGAAAGGUUUCACGUGCAAUAUGUAUUAUGAGCCAUCCUAUUCCAAACACCAAUGAAUCUCACUCAGCACAAGUCAUUCUGCCACAGAAACAGCUUGGUCGCAAGUCAGAUAUGUAUCUCUUCUGCUGCUCUUAUGCUCAUAAUGUAGCACCCAAAGGAAAAUUUAUUGCUUUUGUUACAACAGAAGCAGAGACUGACCAACCUGAGGUGGAAUUGAAGCCUGGUAUUGACCUUCUUGGACCUGUAGAUGAGAUAUUCUAUGACAUGUAUGACAGGUUUGAACCCUGCAAUGAUCAUGAGACUGAUGGUUGUUUCAUCUCUACUAGCUAUGAUCCUACCACACACUUUGAAACCACAGUUAAAGAUGUGGUCGGGAUGUACAGUAAAAUCACUGGAAAGGCUCUUGAUCUUUCUGUGGACUUGAGUGCCGCAAGUGCUACAUCUGAAGAAUGA